GCUUCCGGGUCCUCUGGCCAAGUGUCCGCCAUCUUUUCUUCGCCUAAUUUGAUCCGCUUUUUUCUUUCUGGAAACCUUGCUCUGAACGCAUGCGCACUUUGAGUAGCCGCUCCCUUGGCUCAAGUCCCCACUGAAAGAGCAUCAAACAACUGUUCCGUGGGGUUGUUGAGUGUAUGGUUUAUACAGGGAGAAUGAGAACGUAAAACAGACCGGAUUGGGGCGUUGUGCUUCCUUGUGCCUCGUGAGCCUCCGUUGCCUAGGGGGUUCGUGUCGCGCGCCCUGCUGGGAGUUGUAGUCCUGGACCCGGGGGUGCCUGGGAGGCGGGAGGGGGGUUGGGGUUGUUCGGCGCCGAUUCCGCGGGAAGGGCCUGAGGGCCUCACACUUCAAGUCGUGGGAGCUGCAGGUCUUACCCGGAGGGACGCGCACGUGGAGCCUGCGUCGUUGCCGUUCCCAGCCGGCUCUGGAGCGCGGGCGGGGGCGACAGGCCGAUCGGAGCGGGACGGAUUUUUUGAAGUAUUUCAACCAUGACUAAAAGAGAAGCAGAGGAGUUAAUAGAAAUUGAGAUUGAUGGAACAGAGAAACCAGAGUGCACAGAAGAAAGCAUUGUGGAACAGACCUACACCCCAGCUGAAUGUGUAAGCCAGGCCAUAGACAUCAAUGAGCCAAUAGGCAAUUUGAAGAAACUACUUGAACCAAGACUACAGUGUUCUUUAGAUGCUCAUGAAAUUUGCCUGCAAGAUAUCCAGUUGGAUCCAGAAAGAAGUUUAUUUGACCAAGGAGUAAAGACAGAUGGAACUGUACAGCUUAGUGUACAGGUAAUUUCUUACCAAGGAAUUGAACCAAAGCUAAAUAUCCUUGAAAUUGUUAAGCCUGCGGAAACUGUGGAAGUAGUUAUUGAUCCAGAUGCCCACCAUGCUGAAGCAGAAGCACAUCUCGUUGAGGAAGCUCAAGUGAUAACUCUUGAUGGCACAAAACACAUCACAACCAUUUCCGAUGAAACUUCAGAACAAGUAACAAGAUGGGCUGCUGCACUGGAAGGUUAUAGGAAAGAACAAGAACGCCUUGGGAUACCCUAUGAUCCUAUACAGUGGUCCACAGACCAAGUCCUGCACUGGGUGGUUUGGGUAAUGAAAGAAUUCAGCAUGUCUGACAUAGACCUCACCACACUCAACAUUUCGGGAAGAGAAUUAUGCAGUCUCAACCAAGAAGACUUUUUUCAGCGAGUUCCUCGGGGAGAAAUUCUUUGGAGUCACCUGGAGCUUCUUCGAAAAUAUGUAUUGGCAAGCCAAGAACAGCAGAUGAAUGAAAUAGUUACAAUUGAUCAACCCGUGCAAAUUAUUCCAGCAUCAGUGCAGUCGGCUACACCAACUACCAUUAAAGUUAUAAAUAGUAGUGCAAAGGCAGCGAAAGUACAAAGAGCUCCAAGGAUUUCAGGAGAAGAUAGAAGCUCACCUGGGAACCGAACAGGAAACAAUGGCCAAAUCCAACUAUGGCAGUUUUUGCUGGAACUUCUGACUGACAAGGACGCUCGAGACUGUAUUUCUUGGGUUGGUGAUGAAGGCGAGUUUAAGCUAAACCAGCCUGAACUGGUUGCACAGAAAUGGGGACAACGUAAAAAUAAGCCUACAAUGAACUAUGAGAAACUUAGUCGUGCUUUAAGGUAUUAUUAUGAUGGGGACAUGAUUUGUAAAGUUCAAGGCAAGAGAUUUGUGUAUAAGUUUGUCUGUGACUUGAAGACUCUGAUUGGAUACAGUGCAGCAGAGUUGAACCGUUUGGUUACAGAAUGUGAACAGAAGAAACUUGCAAAGAUGCAACUCCAUGGAAUUGCCCAGCCCGUCACAGCAGUAGCCCUGGCCACUGCUUCUCUGCAGACAGAAAAGGAUAAUUGAGCCUCAGGACCUUCUGGGAGUCCAAGGUCUUUCUUAAAUAUUUAGAGCAAAUACUGCUCUUACCUUUAUUACUGAAUUUGAAUCUCCUUUUAUUUCUAGACUGUACAAUCUGAUGCAUGAUUUUUUUAUAAAUAUUUCAUACUCUUGUGAAUUUGGAUCUUUUUACUUUGAAGCAUAUAUUUUAGAAUAUGUAUGUCAAAAGAUCACCACAGUGUCUGCAACUUGAGGCAGGUUCAUUGUGGGAUACUUUGUUAACAGUCAGGAAAGCUAAACUGGUCAGUAUUAAUGUCUAGCCCUACCAAAAAUAGCCAGUAGCAUCUGAAGAUGAAAAAUAAAUGAAGUGUCUCCAGGAAACAGUCUGGCUUAACUAUUUUUGAAAAUACAACUGUUUUACUUCUCUGCUGCUUUAGAUGUUGCUUUACAUAGAUCCAGAAAUGGGAUUUCUUAGCUAAAGCAUGUGUGCCUGUUUCAUCUAAUCAAGCAGAGCUAAAAUGUUCAUAGCAAAUAAAAUUAUAAUACUAAGAAAUUACUAAACUAAGGGUAUCAGGUUAUUAAAAUAAUUUAUAUAUUUGCAAGCAAAAGAUGAUAAGUUGGCUUGGCAAAAGAGCAGUGUGUGCUGAAGGAGGACAUCCAGGUCUAAAUCUGGCUUAAAUCAAGCCAGUUUUAAGGAUUUUCAUAAUGUCAGGCCAAGAAUUUAAAUUAUUUUGAGAGAGGCAUUUAAUUCUAAUAAACCAGCUAUUACAGAAAUUCUGAGAUGGAUCUCUGUUUUUUACUGUCAGAGAUUUAAAAAAACUGAAAAAGGUAUACCUCAGCCAGAAAAUAAAAGUUUGUUUUGGUUCGGUAUGACUUUCUUUUCUUUUCUUUUCUUUCUUAAAUUACCCUAUGGAGCCGGUUUGUAAUGCAAAACAGCUUAUAUAUAUUCCUGUUUCUGAGGAAGUCUAAGUCAGCAGUACUUUACCUUUCCAGACAGUAGUAAAUUACUUGCAGAUAGCUUUAAAAAAAUGUUUCGACCUCCAUUAUAGGCAGUCUUCUCUUUAAAACACAACUAACCCUUUCAUUUUUUUCCAUUUGAAUAUUAUAUGUGUGUAUAUGUAUAUGAAUACCUAUAUACAUGUCCAGCUGACCUCUUUUUAUAUAUAUAUGCACAUAUACAUAGAUAUGAAGGUAUAGAAAUAUUAAAAGGAAAAUGAUUAAAUAACUCAUUUAAAAAGCUAAAAUUAAUUCUUAUAUAUAUGAAAUUCCUUACCAUGAGCUAGCAUUAAAUAGAAAUGACUAGAAUUGUCUUUUUUUCUUCCUUUUUGUUUGUUUCAAGGUAUUAUACACAAAUCAUGAUAUGAGAGACUGGCAGAUAGUUUUUAAUCCUCUCAUAUUUGAGAAUAUAUAUUCUCAGACUUGUACACCUUCUCCCUCAUCACUUAAAACAGCUUUAUAAGAACUAGUUAACACUUUGUCUAACUAGGGGGAAAGGGCCGUGGUAAUAUAGGAAGGGGACACUUGGCAGUGCCACUCCCAGUACUACAUAGUGGUUUGGGAUGAAUUACAGGGCAGGGGUCUUACAAAGAGGAGAGAGCAGCGAUCUCUGAUCUCCUUUCCUGUUAAACUUAAAUCAUACUUCUAAGUAUGCUUUAUGACUUCAACAUGUACUGUCAGUUCAUUUAUAUUAAUUGUAUUAAACCCUUUAAGAUUCUCCAGUAGGUACCCAAAAAGAGUAACAUUCAUAACUUCUUUUCAUUUUUUUAGUGAACAGAGCACAGUGACAAAAUAUUGUUAGUGACAAUUUUGGCACUGUGAUUGUAAAAAUAUCUGAGUGGAAUAACAAUAUGCAAUAAUACAUAGAUGCUCUAGCUUCAGAUAACAAGUUUAUAGUUAAAGGAGGCUUUGUACCAUCCUCUUUCAGCCUAGGGAAUUGACAGUUGCUUACAGUUUUUAAAAGAUAAUCAAGUAUACUUUUCCAGAACAUUACCACAGUUUUAAGACUCUACUUUCAGAUUUAAAAUGCUUCCGGGGAGACAUUAUGUUACAGCUUUAGCCAAGAUAACCCACUUUUCCUUAUGUCUUGAUUAUAUGUAUUGUUUUUAAGGCAAGGAACCACUCACAUUUCUUGCAGAUCCCCAAAAUCAGUACUAUUGUUUCUUUGCUUUUUGAAGCAUUCCCAAAUCUGUUUUCUUCUUUUACAAGUUUUUAUUUUACUUUUCAUCAUUUGAACACAGCUCUCAUACAUGAUCAAAUGCUUUAUUUUUUUUAAUAUCUUCAUUUCUCUUUCCCAUCAUUUUAUGCACUAUCAUAUAAGUGAAGUAAUAUGACUAAUAUUUCCAGUUGAUUCAAGAAACUUUCAUUACUUUGUCUAAACAUAUAUAAAAUAUUUGUACUGUCCUUGUUGAGGGUACGGUUAUAAGGAAGCCAGAUAGUCUUCUUCCACUAAAAGGUAAUUUGUGUCACUAAAGAAAAUAUAUAAUGCAUACUAUUCAGCCUUUGCUCUGUUUUUUUUUUUAAUA